UUAACAAAAAUUCGCCUAUUGAGGAAAAUAACAAAAUGAGAAAAAAUAUAAAAAGCUACCCCUAUGAAAAGUCUAUCAUAUUUCAAUUUACUUAUAUUGACCCUAAAAACAAUUUAGUAUAUGUAAGGUUUUGCCCACCCAAGUGGUACCGACAUCUGGUCCGGCUCAAGGACUAUGUAUAGAUAUUUAUUUAUCAGGAUAUUUUUGUACUCCCAUCUAAAUAACUGUAUCUGUCCACGCGUGUUAGUUCUCAGAAAUAUCUACGUCCACACGUAGCCUUCAAACUCAAUUCUAUCUGGUGCCGCUUAAAGAAAUUCAGGAACAAAGCUAACUGAUUGGCCGAUGAAUCGUAACAGCGUGAUGCGUCAUGCAUUGUUUGCGGAAGCUACGCUAGUGCGUCGGGUCCAUGUGACGGUGUGGCGGCUAUAACACCUCUGUGAGCUGGUUGACUGGUGGAUGUAAUUGUAUAAAACAAGGUUUCUUUGUAAGGCUGAAAUGAGCACCAAAAGGGCAAAACAAACGUAUGUCCGCCAUCGUCGUUGUUGUUUUUCUUUUUAAUUUGCAUACGCGAGCUGCGGUUUGACGUCAUCAAUCCGGAAAAGUUCAACCACACGAAUCCACUAAUACGGAUAUUUUUUUAUUUCUCCACUUGUUUUUCUGGAUUCAGAAAUAUCCGGUUUGAGUGCUCCAAACUCCCGUUUUGGUGUGGUAGAAGAACCUACUGGAUGAGGUAGCUCAGGGACUUCAACAGGACAUAAUGAUUCAAAGUUAAUGACACAGACAGACAGAGGAUGAAGAGCGAGGCUUAAUGUGCAACUGCCAGUCUAAACCCAUUAUGACAAAAGUUAUCUCGCGGAACUUCACAAAUGAUCAUUACUAUAUGUAUCUCUUUGUGCAUUUUUUUAAGGAGUGCAACGUGGGUGCACCAUAAGCAUGCACUUUUCCAUACAGGCAAAGAAAAGCUUCCUUUCAACAGGCAGAAAUCUUGAACAAGAAAAGAGUCAUUGGUGGACAGCGAUCUGCUGCAGUGACUUGAUGGGCUGAAAGAUCACGAAAAAAAGGUAAAUGGAUAGACAGGGAGGUGAGCACGUUCCAACAAAACGAGACAGUGCAGACUUAUGGUUACAGUUAAACGUGUGCAUGUGUGUGUAUUGUGUGUGUGUCCUGCAAAGUCCCUCUGCUGUGGGGCGACUUCACCGGAUGCUUCUCUGACACUUGUGUUUUUCCAGUGGUUGUUUAUUUACUAAAGAAAACAGGAUGUAACGUUAAAUUCACACUGCAGCAUCUAACUGUGAGACAAACUUACUUCAUACUUAGUACAACAUUAACCAUUUAAUCUUCGUCUGCUGUAGUUGUGUGUUUGAGUGUGUCUGUGUGUGUCAGAGCAGUGCCUGGCCCGAGAUAAUCCUCUUCUUUUAAACAGCAGUGUUUCACACUUCAGUGGCUCUGACUUGUACUCUGAACUCAGUCACACACACACACACACACACACACACACACACACACACACACACACACACACACACACACACACACACACACACACAGGCAUGCUGUCUUUUGCUGUUACACAUUUAUCGUGGCUUUAAUCCUGCUGUCACAAAUUUCACUGAGUUGUUCAAUCUAAGAGAGAGCUAAAUAAGUGACUUCAUGAUUUUUAGAAAAAAGAAAUAGAAAUAGGAAGUGAUAAAAAUGCUUUGAUAACACAAAGUGCAUUGAAAUUUAUGAGAUAGGUGUGCUAUUGCACUAAAUAUAAUAUCGUGAUCCAGACUGGAGAUCAUAAAGUUUAUAUGACGUUCAUCUGUGUGUCUUAGUAGUAGUCUGAAUUUGCUGAGUUAUUUUUUCAUAAAGUUGCUAAAUUUUAUAAAGAUAAUUUCCAUGCAUGCUUCUACAUUUACCGUUAGUGGAAAAUUAAGCUACUGAUCAAACCUAAAAAUCAAGCUAACUAACUAACUAACUAACUAACUAACUAACUAACUAACUAACUAAAGAACUAACGAACUAACGAACUAACCAAACAUAUAGAAGUAGUCACAGAGGAAUUAGUUAAAGCUCCAGUGAGGGUCUUUUAGUGUUUGUAGUGCAUUGAUUUUGGCGCCCCCUGUGGACAAAGCUAAAACCAAUAUUUCUUUGCUGAUUUUGUUUUGUAAACUUUUUACUUUUUUUCAAAGAACCUUAUGUUUUUUUUUUUUUGUUCUCUAAAGAACAAAAAAAUCCAAACCAUGUAACUCAGUGGAAAAAGACGGAGUUGUAUAAAAACAUUAAAAAUGUUGUUGUCGUUGUUUUCACAUUUAUAACAUUAUAAAUCCAGUAGCAAGGGACCUACAUAGGUAUAAUAAAUCUUGUCAGUUUUGGUUUUGUUUGCUUUUGUAGGUCACAUGUAGGCACUAGUAUUACUCAAAACUCCUUACUAGAGCUUUAAGUUUGUAUAUCACAUUUUCAUUAAGAAACUUACUGUUUAAAAUCAUUCUGGUGAGAAACCUAAAAGCAUUAAGGUAUUUUGAAGGAAGGAUUAUGUCACAAUAUGGAAAUAACAAUGACUCCACACAAUGAGAAUUAGCUUUAGUAGGUGUUGGCAGAUUUAAUGAGUGCAUUUUGGGAUUCAGCCGAACAUAACAAGUCCAGAAGUCCGUCCAUUAUGGAAAAUAUCUGCUAUUGUCAGUAAUUCUUCGAGCCUCUUCCCGUGUAUCUUCCUCUUUAUCACAGCCAGGAAAGUCUCCCCGUCUUUCUCUCCACAUUCUUCCACACUCUCUUUCGUCUGUGGGUAGUGUUCUUAGAAAGAAAAAAAAGGAGAGGCGGGCAACUUAGUCUUAACUCCUCCUCCCUCUCCUCCUUGUGGCCGGGAUGAAUGUAGGGGGCAGGAGAGAGAGAAGGAGGGAGAAAGACAAUAGACUUUAAUCACUCAUGAGGUUGUUGGCAAGCAGAGUUACACAGGAAUAGAGAGAAGGAAAAAAACAGAAGAGGGAGAGUUAGAAAUUGUAAAGAAGAGUAAGGGAAGAAGAGUUAUCAUUACUGACACCUCAGAGAGAAGGCAAAUCUUCAAACAGGAGAGACAAGGAGGUGUGAGAGCAUCUGGAGAGCAAGAUCCCGAGGAGCCAAAAUCUUGAUCAUCUCCAUCCUCAACACCUGAAGACCAACACCUCCAUCCACUCUGCGGUCCAGACAGCAGUAUGCCCUGGCCUCCCGGUCAUCCAUGCCGCUGAUCCAGACGGUCACCAUGAUCUCCCACUACCCUCUGGCCACCCUGCUGCCCUGGCCCACUGGACCCCACUACAACAGCUGUCCAGACCUGGACUGCACCUUACUGCUGGAAGGGGAGGGCGGCGUCUACCUGCAGAGGUACCAGCCUCGCUCCCCAGAGAGCAGCCCGCGCCACUGGGUCAGUACAAAGACAAUACUCCUGUUGUGGUAGAAAUCUGUUGUCAUUUCAUGGAGGCAUGUGCAGGUACUCCGAGUCCUGCUGAACAGUCUGCCAGCUGUUGGAUGGCCUUCCCAUGCCUGCUGCUGCUGCUGCUGUUUACAGUGCAUGUGUGUGUGAAGAUCUGCAGUGUUGUUUUGUGUCAAAGGCUCGGUCAGUUUGGAUAGACUCAAGGAUGGGAAUUGAGAAGCAUAAUAGAAAGCGUUUGGAGCUGUGAAAGGAGUAAGAUAACAAGCUGUGAGACCGGCAGAGUUUAUGAUUCAGCCAAGGUCUGUUUGUUGGUGAAUGUGAGAAACAGGGGAAGGUGAGAGUAAGAAAAACCGUGGAGAGUGUUUUUGCACAUUCUUAGGUGACUGCAUGAGAGAUUGGCCGGUAUUUGAUUACAGCUGAGGAGUAAAUUAUGGCAAACAUGAGGCUGGUUUGGACUUAACAGUUCUGGGCUGUGUUGCGGUCACAUGGACAGUUAAGUGGACGUGAUGCAUCCUGUAACCACUGAUCUACACCUCCUGCAGAAACCACCUGAGUGAUGUACAGUGUAGGUGUUAAAAAAACAAAAUCAAUCAGCGACAAGUUUUCCAUUAUGGCUUUGACAUUUAUUAAAAAACUGUAAAUUUCACAACUUUUGAGCCGUGAGUCAUGGAGAUUUGGCACAGUAAGUCGACAGCGCAUCUAGUGCAAGAACGCAAACUACACAGUAACCUUUGGCUGCACAGACAAGACAGCUGACCUCUUAUGAAAGGCUGUAAUUCACACUGUAACUAUCGGUCACGGAGUGUGUAUGUGUGUGUGUGUGUGUGUGUGUGUGUGUGUGUGCGCACGGCUUUGCUGACUGGUCAGAGUUCACAGAAAAGACAUGACUCAGGCUACUUCAGAACCCAAACGCAAGAACAACUCAAAAGUGCGUCAGCCAAUUACCGUCCAAGUCUAAAUCUUUGUUCACAUUACACACAUUAAAGAGUGUGUUCACAUUUUUGUUUAAUUAUCUUCAUUUAAAUCUCCUAAGAAGCUGCAGAUUUCUCCUAACACUGUGAUUACCAGAAAUGAACCCUUGGCUUAGUCCAGCUUAGUUUGUGGCUAAUUGUCGCAUGUGCGCACUUGCGGUAUUGAGGCUAAACUGCAAAUAUUUCUGGUGUUUACACUUGGCACGUUUAGGUUUAAUGGGUAGAUGGGUUGAGGUCAGAAAACAAGGCUGCUAAAGAGUCUUAAAGCAAGAUGUUGAACUCCUACCUGCUCCAGAUCUGAUAUUUCUUGGAAAUUUAUUCAACGAGGAUCUAAUUUAUGCACAAAAAUCCAUUAGAACGGUUGUGGAAAUAACCUUAAGUACAGUUAAUUAUUCUUUUUUUUAAAUUUCUGAUGGAUAUUUGAUUAACUCUGGUUCUUAUUCAUAUUUUUUUAAUCAGUGUUUAGGGAAAAUCAUCCUUUCUCUGAAUAUAUGCGACAUCCUGGCUGACGUGUCCUCCAGUCUAAAAGCGCUGCUUCCUCCAAUUGUUUCAAAGGGUGAAAGACUGGAGGUUAGCUCGCAGAUGCUGACACUCUCUAAAUGGUAAAGACCAGCUGAGGUUCAACUUUCGUGCAUUGCCAUAUUUGUCUCAUCCUUGUUACUGUUUUUUCAUGAUAUUUAGGAGUUAUUGCUGUCAGAGCUUGUCAACAUGGCGGUGAGCGGGAUCACAGAAAGGUUUUAGUUUUGUCAGACAAAACAAUGCAGGGUAAAAGAGAGUUGUUGGAUGAAACUAUUUAUUUACGAGACAGAGCGAAUUGAAAGAACAUAAAACAAUGAAAAUGAAAAGAACAAACAUGGUUCAAACUCUCCUCAAGGGUUCAUCAGCCAGCUCACGGUAGCUCAAAGACCUUUGCUUUUACAACACUCAGGUGUUGUGAGGUAACUUGUUCGCAGCCUGUGUGGGGUUAUGAAAGUGAGCAGUCAUAAAGGCAGCCAUUAAAGUGAUAAUUUGUCUGCGAAUCACGCUGCUGUGAGGUCCACAGUUCAGGGAGGAGUGCUGAGGUGUCAGCCAUAAUGAACAGUCCACUGAGGACAGGGAGGCACAAACAUGCAGAAUCACACUCAAGUUACAGGGGAACAGAAAUGAUUAUUUAAAGCUCCUAUGAGGAGUUUGUUCACAUUUUUGAAAUAGACCGAAAUUUAAACUGAUGCUUUUUAAUGAUGUUUUUUUGUAUAUCCCAAUUUGUAGUACCUGGAACUUGUGUAAGCAGCUGAAGAAACAGCCCUAUUUUUACAAUUUCUACAUCAAGUAAUUACAAUAAAUUAUAAAUUGACUAUCAAAAGUCAGAAAAAAGAGAUUUUGUUUCAGACGACACUGUUUAAGCAUUAAGCAUUCACAGGAUAGGAGCGCUCUACCCACUGGAAGCACCAAAAUAAAUACAAACCAAAAGUCCCUGGAUUAGGCUCUAUGUACACAAUUGUUUACGUCUUGGUUUGACAGAUAAAGACAAACAACCAGAUCUUUCUGAGUUAUUUUACUGGUAUUUUUUCACAUUCUUCUUCUUCUGUCACUAAAAGUAGCAUGUCAUGAAGCCACAGGCCGAUCAAUCAAAACUCCAGCAGAGAGAAAAAAUGUCAGCCACCAUCUAACACCAGUUUGGCCUUCAAUACCCAAUACAGCAGUUCAAUAACCUCAGUGGGUCAUUUGCUGGAAAUGCAGAAGCGUCUUCAAAAGAGGGAAAACAGGGACAAAGGAAGGGGGGGGGGGAGUUUCGAUGAUGUGUGUGUUUCCAUUGAAAAAAAUAAGAAAGCUGAGUUCGCACUCCUCCUUCCUCUUUCUUGUCCUUUUUGCACAGAGAAGUGCACGUUUCAGGAGGAUGCGCUGUGACGUCUCAGUGUUUCCAUGUCUAAAGUUUACAUUGUUGCUUGUGUCAUGUUUUUUGUUCAAGUGAUUCAUUCAUGUUGUCCGGAUAAGUCUCCAACUUUGACCUAAAAAUGGUCGUGUUUUACAUUUCUAAAGAUUUAUGACACAUAAACAGUUUUAAAAGGAGCAUGGAUUAGGGUCAUUGAUUAACCCAAUAACCACCGACAAUAUCAGACACAUUUGAGAGACGGUAAUCUGCCUCUGUCCUGUCAUUCCUGUCCUUUCUUUUGUCUCAAAUUGCACAAUUCACAAAGCACCAGACUUCUCCUUUCUCCAAAAAUCCACUUCUCGGUCAUUCCUUUGUUCUGUCCACCUCUUAAGACUUGUUUACACACUCACUGACCUCCUGCAAGUCAAGUUGUCCCCCCUCCACCCGCGGCUCUGCUGGAGCUUCAUAUUGUGAUUUUUAGCCUAAUUAGGCCACAUAAUAGAAGUGGUGUGAAAAGUCAAUAUUGUGGGUAUUGUCCCUGUCACCCACGCAUCCAUCCAUCCAUCCAUCCAUCCAUCCCAGUGGGACAACCCCAAGCCCGCUCAACUGAGGCAGAAACUCAUCGUGCCAUAUGGACAUGGGUGCGUGAUUUGGAAGCGGGUCAAUCUGAGGGAAAUGUGUGUCUUUGAUUUAGACGUUUUAUGGUGUUGCAGCUUUAAACUGUUUGUGUGUGCAGUAGUGUGACCCCUCCACACACACAUGCACACACAUGCACACACACACACACUUCUCUAUUCCUUUUCCCGCUCAGGCAGGGUUCGCACUAUAAGCCUUGACGCAUGACUGGGAUCAAGCUGACAUUGUGAUAUGUGUAUUAGCGCGUGUGUUAGUUAAAGAGAGUAUGUGUGUGGUUGUCUGAGUUUCAAAGUAUGCCAGUGGGAGAUGACCGUCGUUAAUAUAAGAGGUCAGCACUCACACACCCUAUAUGUCAGCGUAUUUGAGAUGAAAACAAUGUAAGCAAGGGCAAACCUUACAAAAGUCAGGAAAAUAUAAGCUUCAGCAUAAGAACAUAUACAUCCUUUAGUUGUUUAAAUGACAGAGUAGGAAAGGUUUAUACGCACAUGAUAAUUCUAUUCAAUAUUUAGUGCAUCCAUCACUUUAAGAGAGUAUUUUAAGGUCAGUUUUGUUGCAACAGCCACAUUGUUUUUGUGCUUCAAUACAGCGACUGCCUCUUUUUUUUGCAGCAGCAGCUCAAGUAUGUGUUGUUUAUGUGCUCCGCUUACGCAGUUUCAUUUCCUACAGCGCACAUGCUUCACACUUUGAUGUAACGCUCACAAACGCAGGCGGGGGUGCUAUACAGCUCAGAAAUAUAACAAGUGACAGGAGUUAAUUCUCUCCACAGUCGGUGAAGAGUGUGAUUUUCCACUUUCUGUGACACAUGUGUGUGUGCUUUGUAGUGUGGGUCUGCAGUCAUCACCGGUGUGCAAGUGGCCCAGUUGAUGCUGUGUGUUGUUUUUGUUGCAUAUGUGACAACUUGAGGGUUAGCAUGUCCCUGUUGGGCAACAGAUGGCCCAUCUCUCAUUAGCAGGAGGUCAGACAGACAACCGAUCAGGUCCAGACCGAUUCUUUCAAGGCUUAGCGGGGCUUAGAUCUAGUGGGGGUCAGAUUUGAGGCCCCAGAGAGGGUUCAUGUGUGUGUGUGUUUGUGUGUUUGUGUGUGUCUUUUGUUUAUCCUCACUCUUCUAAAUGCAGAGACACCUUAAAGCACCUCAGCCAGGGUUUAACCGACCCCACGUGAGGCCUGUUACCAGAAAAGAAAGCACAUUUUCAUGUCUGCGCAGGAAUGAGAUAUGGUGGAUUUGUUGUUAAUAAAACUGUAAGCAACUCUUCCUUGGAGCCUGUCUCGGUUUGCAGGGUCAGCUGUGUUUAAUGUUGAGUGUGCAGGAGGGGGAGCAGGAGGAGGAGGAGGAGGACAGGGGGUGUCUGACAGCGGCUCCGGACUUAACUGGAAACUAAUGAUGUCACCCGUCCAGAGAAAAGAGAGGGAGAGCUCAACAACAAUAGAUAUGAGGGGAGGCAGAGGCAGAGGCAUGACAUAAGAGGGGAGAGGAGGGAGAGUGAGUGAGAAGGAGACGGGGCUGUGAUGUUUGAACAAAGGGGUUCAGUUGUGAGGGGAAGAGACAGACACAGAGAGAGAGAAGAAGAAGAAGAAAUGCAGCUGUCAGUUAUAUAAGAGAAGCCCUGGUAUGUCCUCAUCCCUCUGAGUUUGCACUGAUGCUGCUGCUCCUGGAGACAAAGACAGCGAUCUGUUGUUUCAUUAAAACCCUAUUAAAGUCGCAAAUGCACUUAGUAAGGGCACUGCCACUGCUUCACUGCUCUUAAAAGAGAGAGAUAAAAGCCACUUUUAUGUUCUUGUUUUUUUUUUUUUGCUUUUAUUGAGUUAUAGCAGAUCAUUUCAACCCUGCACCAUAAAUCUUCAAGCUCUCUGUUGUUGUAGCUCCGGCCUGCUCCAGCAUCAAAAUCUCUGCUGACUCUGGAUAAACACAGCGGUUUUAUGAACUCUGCCCUCUACUGGGCAGAAUGCUCUGGAAACACAAACCCACCGACCGACCGACCAACCAACCGCACACAAACAUACUGAGAAAAGACAGUACAAACAAGAGCAGCACACGAAUGUUCUGACACAUUCGGUUCAGAUACCGGAGCGGGAGAGAUGCUCUCUUUUCCGCUUUGGAAUCUGUUUUCCAUAAAGAGGGAGUUCAGCUCCAGCCAGAGCACAGCACAGCAGACACUCCUCUGACUGGGCGAAGUGACGCGUCUGCUCGUUCUGAGAAGAAAACAGAGCAUCUCUUUCCGGUCUGAAAAAUUAAAUCAGUGUUUCUUUGGAAGUGCGAGAGAGUCUGGUUGCAUCAUGCCUUGUCUCUUAGCCAGUAUGGAUCCUCUCACUUUCUGACUGUACUGUGAACUCUCACACUCCCACUCUGUCUCUUCUUCUCACACUCAAAGGGGAGAUAAUAUCCUUUUAAGUUCAUCUCCUACUCUGUCUCUGAUGCACAGCCUUCUUAUCUUGUAUGUAAACACUGAGAUGUUAAACAUGCUGCGUCUGACCCCCACCCCCUUCUUUAGAGCUGAUCUGUUUCUCCUGCAUCAAGAUCCCCCUCUUUUCUCAUCUCUCCUCUCUUCUACCUUUGUUGUAUUAGUCUGAUUUUAUGACUGUGCUCUAGGCCACAGAGGCUCCCCCAGCCAGUCAGGUAUGAGGACAGCAGGCUCUCUGGAGUCAGGAGGCUGGAGGCAGGAAGUGGGAGAUUUCCUGGAAUGUGCGUUUUUUCCCCACACUGGUGCAAUAACAGUGUGAGCAGCGCUCCUCCUGUUUUUGUCCCCUCGCUGUCUGUCUGUCCGUCUGUACUGUAGGUCCUUGUUCGGACUCUGUGGAACAGAGAGAAGAGGGUGCUUAGGAUGUUUAAUAAUAGCAGGAACUCAUUAUAACAAACUGCCGUGUCCCCGUCAAGGGCUUUCCUAAGAGUUAUUACGUCAUUAGUCUUCCAGUGGAGAGGGAAACUUGGUACCAGGGAUAACACCACUUGGAAACUGGACCUGUGGACUCAAACUCCUCUCAAGAUUGGGUCAUAAUCACAUGGAUAUGAGAGGUUGAUACAACACAUUCACAAAAUAUACUUCACUUAAAGUCCACAUUUGCUUAGAGGUAGUUUUGUUUUCUGCCAAACUACGACUUCUCCACCUCAUCAUCAGCCUCUUUAUGUGAAGCAGACACACUACUGUAACAUCUCCCAGUGUUUUAAAUAACGAUAAGUACUCACAGAGUUGAUGAGACUAGCACCUUGACUGCCAAACUCACAGUAAUGAUAAGACUCAGGGAAGUUUCUGUAUCCGCUGCAGCAAACAGCUCCUGACACAAACCUGUACAGCCAAAACUUUUCUUAUUCUUUGUUCCUUUGGAGCAGAUUAAUGAAAUGAAUCAUGACGCAGCGAUUAAUGAGCUUUGGAGGAUGUUGGCAGGAGGAUUUGUUACCUUUGGUCAGGAGAAGGCCAACUGUUUCCUUUUGUUUUCACCCAUUAGAGAGUCGUUGCUGGUAAUUAAACAGAGUGAUAUUAAUGCUCGUGUCUUUUUAUGAUCGGCAAGAGCAAACAAGAGUGUCAGCUGAUGGAAAGACAAAUUUUUCCAUGUGGAGUUGUUUACUGCCUGGAGCCACUGCUGCAGGGAAAGUGUUGGGGCAGGAGAUUAACAAAGUGCAGUAGAAAAAUAGAGCUAAUAACCAAUAACAGCCCUUCCUUCAUGGCAGAUAUGGCAAGAUUGUUGAUGCUUGUUUUUUAUUUUUGUUUUUCAUAAUGUGUAUGAAUGCUUUAGAGAGAGAGAAAGGCCAUGAUUUAAUGAGCUUAGAUAGACAUUUAUUUUUAACCAAUCAUUCAACAGGAAUCACUUUUGUUAACAUGUAAUUAAACAAAGAAGAGUUAUAUCUCUCUAAGGGUCUUUUUUAAUUGCAUAUCAGGGUGUGCUAUUGUAUUUUUCUUGUUUAAGUCUAGAUAAAGUCGAGAUGUCUGCAGCGAAAUUUAUGUCACUGAUGUUGCUGUUGGUCAGAUCAGAGAUAAAAUUGUAUAAGUCAAGUAGGAAUGCAUUGAGACAAAUUGAGAUCUACUUAUCCAAAUACGCCAUCAGCUGGUUCAAUCAUUGGUCCUUAAUUUAGAGGGGAGAAGGGUGACUUGUCAUGUGCUGUAAAUUUAGUGACUUUUUUUAUUAACAACUUUAGUUUUUGGAUUACCUCUGGUAAAGUUUCUGCUGCUUUGGAUUUCUUCAAGACAUCUUGUUUAGAAUUUAAAAGAUUAAUUUUGGAAUACUUGUGGACAUUUUUAAAAAUUUUUGCAAAUAACAUUCAUGUUAUCCUCCCUCCUGAAACAGAGAAAAAUAUCUACAUGGAUGACACCUGUUUGACCCUCUGGUCAGUGUAUAGAUUGUACACUGCCACCGUAGAUCUUACCUGUGGUUUUUUAAUUGGACAAAACUGUGAAAUAAUUUUCUGUUAUUGGAUCAAUAGUUCAUCAGGCCCAUAUAUAAUGUGCAUAAACAACACAAACUAAAAGCUUUUAUGAGCUAUUAACCACUUUCAGGUUUGACUUAAAUUUAGUGUAAAAGUGAGAGUGUUUUUUGUCCCUCUGUAUCCUCAGGAGAAGAAUUAAAAUACCUCCCCACAUACUGAGCUGUUUCCUUAGCUUGGAUUUUUUCACAAGGACUUAGUUCUGACCAAAAUGCCUAAAAACAGCUUUGACAUUUACUCAAGUAUGACCUCCUUUUUUCUCAAACAACAGACCUUAAUAGGUCAAAGAGGAUACUGAUAGCCGACUUUAUACUUCUGAUAGGUAUACAUAUAUUUUCACAUCUUUCUUGAACAUCUCAUUUUUACACUCAUCUGCUCAUCCAUCACGUGGAGCCACAGCUGUCACAUCUGUCAGACAUUUUGUUUUUUGGCUGAGAUGUGACAUCACUCCCACUGUGAGACCAACACUUGUAUCUCCCUGGGGCCCGAGCUGGGGGUCGUGCAGGGUCACAACCUUCCCACUGCCACUCUAGGCUUCCCAGAGCUCCAAAGACACCGAGUGGACACCGGGGCAGCUCGGCCUGGGAACUGGAGCUCAGCCAGAUAUACAUCCUGAUGAAAAGUCAGCAAGAGGGGACUCUGAUAAAACAGAUAACCACACACGGAGAGAAAAUGAUGGAGCUGGACGGGCUUCCCUGAACUCUAAUGACUCUGAGGAAAACUAAUGGGGAGCAAAGAAAACAAAAAUGGGGACCUUGUGAGUGUAGGUGCAUGAGUGUACGUGUGUUUCUCUGCCCUCCAGCGUGGUCUCUGACAGCCAGUGACGCUGAGUGUGACGUAUGAGUGGCAUGUUGGCAUUAUGGGAGCUGGAGGAGUGGGCGCGCAUUCACAAAAUAUUGAGAAGUGGACCAGAGCCAGCUUAGCAGUGACAGUAAGUGUCACAACCUGCUGCUGUCUCCUGACUCUGAAUCAGAAGUUUAGUUAAUGUAUGAACUCUUUAUUGAUACACACAGAUACAAAAAGACCCCUCACACAGCCCGGGAUUGAUUCAUAUCUUCCUGUUUAUUCACACAUGUGGGCAGUUUGAGUACGUGUGCGGAGAACAGUGUCGUUCAUUCUCAUACUCGGCCUAUUCUCCACUCCUCUCCUGUCCUUGACAAUGAGCAGCACAGUGACGGCAUCUACACUCUUCCUUGUAUUGUCCCACGCAGAGACCUCGAGGCUACAGCUGCUUCACACAAGACGGCCAUCAUUCAUGAGUUUAUGAAAUCUCUAGGUUAAUGAUUAUGUAUGGUUAUCUGCUGUAAAAGCAGGUUGACAAACUUUGGAAUAAUUCUAAAUCUAUGAUAGGAAAAUUGUUCAAAGCCCAAAAGAAAUCCUGAUGGAUCUCUUCAGGAUGUCAUCUGAGUCACUGUUUUCUGUUUGGGCUGAAUUAACCAAUUUAGAAAUGGGAAACCUCGGGGGUUUGGGGGAGGAAUGAAGUGGUGUAAUUAUUCUGGCGGGCUUCUGAAUGAGUUUUGUUAGUAUUAGCAGCAAUUAGAAGGUUUUGACUCAUGUAGACAUGAUUUCCUGCCCCUGCCACUAACCAGAAUUUAACCUGGUUUUCUGCCAACUUAAAAUUGACAAACUCAAAAAAAUUGUAUUAUAAUAUUGUUGACAAUAAAUCAUAAUAAAUAAAUAUUCAGGAAAUCCAUCCUUCCUUCUAUUUUCUACCUCUUAUUCCCGUUCCCAGGGGGGCUGGAGCCUAUCCCAGACACCCUUGGACAAGCCACCUGUUCAUUGCUGGGAUGACAUAUAGAGACGAACAACCAUCCACGCCCACAUUCACACCUAUGGGCAAUUUGAAAGUGGCCAGUUGACCUAACCCCACUUCUGCAUGUUUUUGGGAUAUGGGAGGAAACCAGAGUAUCUGGAAUAAACCCACACAGACACGGGGAGAACAUGCAAACACCCCACAGAAACGCCCUGACCUGGACUUGAACCCAGGACCUUUUUGCUGUGAGGCGACAGUGCUAACCACAACACCACUGUGCCACUGAGGAAUGAUAUGAAAGAUAAAGAUACAAAAUUCUUCUGCUUAAAAAAAAGUUUUAUUUCUGCUGGAACAAUAACGAGAAAAGACUUUGAACUCCAUUUUAAAGUUUAGUCUUUUCUUUUUGACUGCAUCUGCAUAGGCAGGCUUUGGUCGGUGAUAUCUAUCUAUCUAUCUAUCUAUCUAUCUAUCUAUCUAUCUAUCUAUCUAUCUAUCUAUCUAUCUAUCUAUCUAUCUAUCUAUCUAUCUAUAAAAAUAAAUCAAUAUUGUAGCUUUCUGCAAAUGUAGGACCCCCACCCCCCACCCCCAUUAAAAAAGAAAUAAAAAGGAAUAAUCGUUUAAAAGGAACCAAUAGAAUUAGUGACCACUGUGAGUUUCUCAAGAACGACAUUUAUGACCCUUGUGAGUUGAUACGUUGCGCAAACAGAAAUUACAAGCCUGCGUCCUCUGCUUGCGUCGGAGCGCGCACACUGUCAUUCUGAUGAAAAGGGAGGACAAAAAAAAAAAGAGGAGGAGGAGUUUAAACGAGACUGUUGUGAGUGCAAGUAGGAGGAGUUUGGUCAUUGAGUAGAAGAAGGGAGAGCUUACUGACAGACAGAGGAGGAGGACUUGGAGUUUGAAGCGGGCAGAUAGAAGUGUGUGCGGUGAAGGAGAAGGAGUUGUUUUCUGUUUGCGACGUCUUUGGAUUCAUUAUAAGGACAAUAAAAUCUUCUUUCCUUGGCGGAUUACUCUCAAGCUCUGAUGCUGUCCCCGGAUCAUGAAAGAAACGCUCACCAUGAAAUUCGCCUGGAAAACUAAAAUGGUAAAUAUGAAUCCUCAACAAAGACAUCUUGACAUGCUUUGCCAUCGUACUUUAUGUUGGCGAGUUUGUGGUUUUAAAGAGAAAGGAAAGGGGGAGACAGAGGAGGGGGUGUUUGUAGGCAUGGGAAAGUCGUGGAUAAAUGGGGGAGAAGAGGAGGAGAAGGGGGAGGAGGAGUGGGGGACUAGUUGUACCGUGCAUUUUAAUUUGUUGAACUGCGCUUUAAAUCCAGUUUAACCUACAUAAAGAUGUCGCGUAAAGUUUGGAAACGUGGGGGUACAGAAAGGGGGGUGGGGAGGAAAAACCCCCUUACAGCUCCGCCAGAAAAUGAUCUCGAUCCGCUAGCUUCCCCUCCCUGAUGGUGGAUAUGAAAACUUUUGUCUGGGGGCCUGCAGCGAAAUACAGAGGGAACAAUUGGCGUGGCCCCGGGGCCAUUGGUGUAUCUGCACGGGUCCCAGCUGCGUGCAGGCGAGAAAAACACAAAAGCAAACAGAUCAAGCGCCCAAGAAUUAAACCAACUGUUGUUGUUAUCUUUGGAGUAUUGUUUCACACACACCGCGGACAGGUUGAUAAGCAGAUUGGCUCCAUUUGGGCAAAGAUAGAGCACUAUUUGGCUCCUCUGAGGGUCCUCGCUGUUCACUUUUUAACAACUCCAAACAAGAGAAGACCGUAAACAACUCAUGUCCUGUUUACAUCAUACCCAGGAUUAUUUAAUGCACUGGGCUCUCUGUAAACUCACUCCUAUCUCCUGUCCACUACUGAGAAGAAAUCUAAACGUGACAGUCUCUUUGCUUUCAAUUUUUAUCUGUUUUCAUGCAAGCUCAUGAAACUUUGUGUAAGCCCUGCUGUGGUGUUCAGAGCUGGCAGAGCUUUUUUCUUUUUUUCUUCUAAACCCAGCACUGAAAAACAUCUCCAGCUCUGUGGCUGACAAAAAGCAGGCUGUGUGUGCAGACUGUGAACUCAGCAGCCCAGGUCGGCCAGCAUAGAGACCUCCCGCUAUUGUUUUGGGAGUGUGUGGACUGCAUGACUCAUGCAAUGAUGUAUUUAUCUGUGGCUGGGCCGGCCAUCCAGGCGGCUACAGAACCAGAGAGAGAGAGGAUGACAGAGGUGCAUGUACAGGUUGCAGAUCUUAUGACGAGAUGCUGAAGAGGGUAGGAGACAGGCAUGAAGAUAAAGUUCAGAGAAAUGCUGAAAAAAAAAAGAAAAGCUCGGGCAUGCUUGCAAGAAGCCACUUUAAACUUUUCCGCUUCUUCGCUCCUCCUCUCUCUUUUCUCUCUCUCUGUCUUUGUGUUUCUCAGUUUGGGUUUUCUUCUCUUUCUUUUUAGUGUCACAUGUUUCUGUUCAAACCCAAACACGGCACAGUCAUGGUCGAGUGUCUCCUAGACUAUCCGCUGAGCCCAUUAAUGGCAACUUUGACCUCUGACCUCCUUUCUAGCAGCCCUUCUGUUUGGGGGAAUACUGCGCGGACUUAGCCAUUGAGCUGUUUAAAUGAAAGUGGGAACGAAUGAGGGUGAUCUUGGCCGCUGCAGCUUGUGUGUAUAUCUCUGUGUGUGUAAAGACUUGUAUUCAUGGUGUUUAUAUUUGGCCUGCCCCCCCCCCCUCCUUUGCUGUCUGUGCCUCUGUUUUUGUCUCCACAUGUUGGUGCCUCAGCGUACUUGUAGUUUGACUUCUUUCUGCUCCCUCUGUUUGUUUCGUCUGAUCAUCUGUGAAUUGCAACCAGAUACAAACUCGGCACAUAUGUGAAGUUGUGCGCAUAUCCAUUCAGUCUCACUGGGCGCAGAUUUGUUAUCAAACUCUUUUGGCUUGUUAUAGGGAAGCAGGCAAACGGUCAGAGAGGAGUACUGCAAAUGGUGGGUUUUAUUAUGUUGUGAGAGACUUCAUCCAAUCUGGCUCUUAUCUCCAGUAAAGUCAUCCAGCUCUGACUUCAGCUGCAGUUAGAGGCUGGGACAGACAGAGUGAAGGAGAUGGAUAGGGGAAUAAAAGAGGGAGUAAAAGACAGGGAGGGAGGCCUGACAGGCUGCAGAUGUGGGGGUUGGGGAGUCGGUCUCCCUGCACUUAUGCUGUGGGUUUUUUUUUUUUUUUUUGAGAGCUCAAGUGAUGUUGUUGUCUUUCUUUUUUGUGGUCCUUUUAUUUGCACAUUUUAAAAGUGGGGAUGCCAGAAAAUAUACUUCCCCAUUUGGUGAAACAACUCCUCUGACACUUGCUGGGAAACUUGUUGAUUGGCUCUGCAGUCUACGGUCAUUAACAGGGAAUUGUUACAACCUUUUAUCCUGAAACGCAACUCUUCUCCUGUCUCCUUUUAUCUCCCCUUAAGUCUCUAACAUUCUCUCUCCCCUUUUUUUUUCAGAGCUCAGUGCAGGACUGGGGGGAGGAAGUCGAGGAAGGAGCCAUUUACAAUGUGACGCUGAAGAGGGUGCAGAUCCAGCAGGCAGCCAACAAGGGAGCACGAUGGCUCGGGGUGAGUGUGUCUGUCUGAUGUCUUCUCGUGUGACAGAUUAAACACUGGCAAAGCUUUUUUUGUUUGAAGUAGAGAAGAAGUCAGAUGUGUCUUGGUGCUUUUUCCACUUUCUUCACUUUUUUUUUUUUUUACUCUAAGUGGAAAAGCUUCUCCUGUGGAAUUCAUCAGAUGAAAUGUUAAAGCAAUUCAGCUGCUUGUGUGGAAACUGCUGAGCUUUAAAACCCCCAAGUCUAAUCUCUAUUGUCUAAAGCACACAGUGUCUCUCUGUCGUUGUGUGUCCCUCUCUGCGAUGUGCAGCACCACGCAAAGGCAGUUGUUUUAACAUUUGGGCUGUAAAUCUUCCUGUUCAGAUAACGCCUUUUUAGUCAAAAUUCUACAGUUUCACCAGACCCGCUCCGCUUAGCCAAAGCAUGUGAUUUCCUGACUUCGCCGUCUGCCAACAAAACUGCUCGCUCCCCCUGCACAGCAGUGUUUUACAAAAUGCUGGUAUGACAAAACAAAAAAGGGGUUUAAAGCCUUUUCCUCAAGUUGUGCACUUUUUUUUUUUCACUGUGCAUGAGGCAUUGCUGUUUCCUCCACUGUGCUGUUUAUAUCAGCAUAAUAAGAUGUUACACAGUAUUAUUAUACUGCUUGGAAGGGCCACUUAGCAGCAUUAUCCUGCUUUCUCUCUGGUGUGUUUAAAGAAUGCAUAAAACCACCGUAACAGAAAUUACAAGUCUGAUUGAGACGUGGGGUUUCCUUGUGUUAUUAAGACAAAGAUCAGGAUCCUGUUAUUUGUGCAUGUGUGCGUGAAGCGGGGGAUGGGCUUUAGUGUACAAAAAGAAAUCACAGAAAACAUCACAGAGGCUUUAAAACUAUAUUGAUGUAUUGACAGCUGCUCGCAUGGCUAACUGUGUUCAAGCUAAUUAAAGCAACAUGGCUGCUACUCUAUACAGUGCUGCCUAUUGAACAGACAGAAUGGAGCUCAAUCCCUAUUGAGACAUGAGUAUAAUUACGAUAAACAGUCAAUUGUCAGUGAAUAACAGCAGUUAUUUUCACUUGGACUGCAGGCCUACAAUCACGCACUGUUUACCGUGUCAGAGCUGGUUGCAGAUUCAGUGUAUUGUCUUUGCCUAUAUGGGUGUGUGUGUGUGACUGUGAAUGUAGUCGCUUCUCACAGCUGAGAAGUUGUCAUUUUUAAAGUUGUUAUCAGACAGGAGAGGUGGGAGAACUUGGCCCCGCUGCUGUCCUCCUCUCCGUCUGGGGGUUUGAACGGGUGGAGGAGGGGCCUUGCUGUGAUUAAAAGCAGAUUGGAGUGUUUCCUGUUGUAGCGUGCUAACUCCACCAAGGUCUCUCUUUUCUCUCUCUCUCUCUCUCUUUCUGUGUUUGUGCCACCUCUUCUUGUGCCUGUUUUGUAACCUGUUGCUCCGAUUCCAUGUAGACGCACAAUUGUCGGACACGUCUGGGGAAAUCAGGAGUAAAUAUAGUACCUGAUUGUCCUUGCCGCUUCCCCUGGUUAUCUUAUCAAUUUUUUGGCCCCAUUGAAUUAUUUUACUCCUGUUAUAUCACUCCAGGCUUAUUUGGGUCAUAACAUGGUUUAAUGUCCUGUCAUAAACAAAGAGAUAACAGCCUAACAUCCUGACUUAGUUAGGAGAAGUAUUUCUCUGAUACAUGAACGAUGAAAACACCUGUUUGAAUAAUAGUAAUUUAUAGUUUUAAUAUGGUGCAAACAUACACCUACAAUAUUAAAACUGCUGAUUUGACUGUGUGCCUCAGGAUAAUUUUUUCUUUACGCUUUGAUUUUCAAUCCAUUUUCUAAAAUACACCAGUUUACCUUUGUUCAUCAGCUGAAGAUCUCACUGUGUUUAUUUUAUUUUUUAUUUUUUUUGGAAUUUUUUAUGUAGAGUUUUUCCUUGAACAUUGACAAGAUCAGUGGUAUAAUAAUAAUAAUAAUAAUCCCAUACCUAGGUAUUGCUGCGUUGUAGUAAUAAGUAAAAACAAACAGGAUAACCAAAUAGACAUACAAAGAUAAAUAAGUAAAAAGAAAAAAGAAUUGGAUAGCCAAAUAAUACAGAGUGAAUAGAUGAUAGUAUAAUUUUAAGAAAAAUAAAUCUCUGUGUGGUUUAAAAGUGUAAACUAAUAAGUCUUUACAUGUUUAUGUUCAGGCUGAGGGCGAUCGUCUUCCUCCGGGCCACACAGUGAGCCAGCUGGAGACCUGCAAAAUCCGAAGCAUCCGCGCUGGAACACUGGAGCGUCUGGUGGAGACAUUACUGACAGCAUUCGGAGACAAUGACCUGACCUACACCUCCAUCUUCCUGUCCACCUACAGAGCCUUCGCCAGCACGCAGACUGUACUGCAGCUGCUGCUUGACAGGUAGAGAUGGAAUAAGCAAGGAUGCAAAAAAAAAAAAACCCACUGGAUUCAUCAAAUAGUUUUCAUUAAAGUGUAUUCUGUGAACUUUCUGUUGCAGGUAUGGAAGUGUGGAAGAAAAUGAGCAAGAAACAGGAAGAUGUCAAGGCUCUGAAACCAACGGAGCCAUCAGAAAGUAAGAGAGCUUCGAUAGAUAUGAUUCUGUGUAACUUUGAGCAGUAGGUAUCAAAACUGUCCUCCUGUUACUCUCAGCUCUUAACUCUCAGUCAUUUCUCUACUGUCUCCUCAGCGCCCUAGCCUCCAUCCUGCGCGCCUGGCUAGACCAGUGUCCUGAAGACUUCCAGGAGCCUCCUGACUACCCUUGUCUCCACAGGCUGAUGGACUACCUGCGCAGGACCCUGCCUGGCUCUGAAGCUCUUAGACGGGCGGAGGGUCUGCUGGAGCAGCUGCAGAGUCAAGCCAACAUGGAUGAAACUGAUGGUAAUAAAAACAAACUAUCUUUCUGCUUCCUUUUUUUUUGUCGUAUAUUUUUCUUUUAGAUUGAUGUUAUAAAUAAUCUGUGUUGGUCUUUCUUUAGCUGGUUUCCAAGGCAACAGCUCCUUCUGCCUGGGGGAGGAGGAGGAAGUUGAGAUCGAGCUCCAAGAGGACUUCCUGUCGUUCGAUGCAGACCUGGUGGCAGAGCAGUUGACCUACAUGGAUGCUGUAAGUGGACGGGAAAGAAGUGGAAACAGAGGUUGAUCGGAGAUGUGUGUUGUAUGGGAGGGAACAAAGGUCGCCUUCCUGUGCUGUUUUUUCUGUUCCACCAUGCUAACGUCAUUCUGUUGUUCUGCUCCAGCUCUUGUUUAAAAAGGUGGUACCACACCACUGCCUGGGCUCCAUCUGGUCCCAGAGGGAUAAGAAGCACAACAAGCACAGCGCUCCGACUAUCCGUGCCACUAUCACACAGUUCAAUGCCGUGGCAGCCUGCGUGGUCAGCACAGUGCUGAAGCACAGACAGAUUAGACCGCAUGUCAGAGCGCGGGUCAUCCAGCGCUGGAUAGACAUCGCUCAGGUUUGCAGGAAUACAAAGACACAGCAGAAGCUUAGAUUUAAAACCAUCAUAACUUUGUCACAGGAAUGACAGUUCUCGUGUCGUCUCCCAACAGGAGUGUCGGAUACGCAAAAACUUCUCCUCACUGCGAGCCAUUGUGUCGGCCCUGCAGUCCAACCCUCUGUACAGACUGAAGAGAGCGUGGGCCUGCGUGCACAAGUAAGACUGAAGUUUUCAUCUCAGUGCAUUUGCUUUAACUAGUCAGCCGUUAAUCAGAUACUUUGCAGAUUGAUGACAUUUAGCUAAUGAGAGUCUUUUCUUGACGCAGAGACAGCAUGCAGACGUUCGAGGAGCUGUCGGAUAUUUUCUCCGACCACAACAACUACCUGACCAGCAGAGAGCUCCUCAUGAGGGUCAGUUCAGAUUUCAAGUUUCUGCUGCAAAAGUUUUUUUAAUGCGAACAGGAAAUCGUGGAAAUCUUCCUUCAAAACAUUCCUGAUGAGAAUCUGGAGGCCUAAAUCUGUUGGUUUUUCUUUGUUUCCUCUCAGGAAGGCACUUCAAAGUUUGCCAGUCUGGAGAGUUGUGCCAAGGAGCAUCAGAAACGCACACACAAGAGACUCCAGCUGCAGAAGGAAAUGGUGAGACCAAGACUUCAAACUUCAGAGCUUCUGCAACAAACGGCAUAAAAAAUAAAAAAAAAUUGAUCCUUUCUCAAGAAUGCUGUAUAAAUUUAAACAACACAUUCCUCUCAAGCAGCGCACUGUAAAGUGAGUUCAGGGCUCUCCAGUGUGAUGAAGCCGCAUGCUUAGCUUUGUUUACUCUGUGCGCUAUGUGUUGAACUUGCAUUAAGCCUGUGUUGUAUUUUACAAAAGCCACCACUGCGUCUGUAAACCAUGAGCUCUGGCUUUUUUUUGGUAUUCUUUAAAUAUUUAUUUAAACUAAAUGUGGGUUCAAAGAAUUGAAAGAGCAUGUUUUUCUUUCCAGGGAGCAAUGCAAGGAACGAUACCGUACUUGGGGACUUUCCUGACAGAUCUGACCAUGUUGGAUACAGCUCUGCCUGACCUGGUGGAGGUAAGGAGAAGUCUGCGACACCUGCUGAAUGUGUGUGUGCGAAUGUUUGAGAGCAUGUGUCGGCGAGUUUGCACAGCUCUGCAGAUCUGAGAGUCCGUCUGUGUUACGGCUGGUAGAGAGCGGGGUGUAACUUUCCAUGAGUGCGUGAGGAAUUUUGUUAGUCCAUUUUCAGAGUGGUCCACCUAAUGCUGUUUGGCUAAGCGGCCGCUGGUAUGUGAUGUUCCAGGUCCUGACAACAUUCUCUUUGUGUCCUCUGCAGGGUGGUCUGAUCAACUUUGAGAAGAGGCGCAGGGUGAGUCUCCGCUGACAUGAUUACACUGACAGUUAUCACAUGAAGGUGUUUGAAGAUCAACAGAUCUAAGGUUGUUUUUUUUUUACUCUCUCUCUGUCUCUGCAGGAGUUUGAGGUGAUCGCUCAGAUCAAGCUGCUCCAGUCGGCCUGUAACAGCUACUGUUUGUCUCCUGAGCCCAUGUUCCUGCGCUGGUUUAAGAGCCAGCUUCAGCUCAGCGAGGAGGAGAGGUACUGCUGCUUUCUCACAGCACCGUUAUCCAUUAGAUAAGAAGCAAAUUAGUGCAUGAGGUCAUGCUCUACUGGACCUUUUGUCCGCACAAUAGAGGCUUCUUUCCAUCCUUUCCUCUCAGCUCUCCCUGCUGUUCUUCUGCCAUGUCUUCACUCCCUACUGAUCUAUUGUACUUGUUGUUUUUGCCCCGUGAAGCCUCUUUUCUUCCUCCUUCUCUGGUCCUCUUUUAUUUUCUCUUUUCUUCUGUCCUACUUUAGUUUCAUGGGUGUAAAUACCAACAGAACAGCCACAUGAUCUUAGUUUGUCAUUGUUUUAAAGGUUUGAUUGUUUCCUCUUGCAGCUAUGCCCUAUCCUGUGAGAUUGAAGGUCUCGGGGACAGCAGCCCAACCUCACCCAAACCUCGGAAAAGCAUGGUGAAGAGACUCAGCCUGUGAGUACAUCCAGAUAAUAGACUUUUACCCAACAUAAUAGAGCAAACUUUAGCUUUAAAUAUCCAAAAUUAAGUUUCUCUUUCCAGUUAGAGCCGAGAUGCCUUGACCUAUUUUUAUUUUAUUAUCUAAUAACCCACUUCCUCUAUUUUUCCAGUCUGUUUCUUGGAACUGACAGCAGUGCAGCCAGUUCUCCAGUCAGGGAGACGCCACGGUCGCCCCCUACUGGCAGCUCAGGGGAGAGCAUGGACUCGGUCAGCGUGUCCUCCAGUGACUCCAGUAGCCCGUCAGACGGCGAGGGCCUGACCCCGACACACAGCUCUGACUCUCAGCACAACAAGGUGAGUCACUAAUCGAACACUAGAAAAAAUGAGUGUGCUAAAAUUAGGGAUCGUAUUAAAAUGAUAAGUGCGGGAGGGCAUUGAAAGUUUUCUUUUAGACUAGACUAGAUCUAAUUGCGACUCUUCUUUUGACAAAGUGGUGAAUCUAAGUGAAUUUAUUUACUUUUAAAUACAUGUACGUUGAUUGCAUUGUUGCAUUUUCAUAGUUCUAGAAGUGCCAAACUUAUUUUUGUAAAAUUAAUAAGUCAUACUUUCACUGGAGGUCUUUUAAAUAUAAGAACCAACAGCUGUCACUCAUGUAUUUAAGUGGUUUUUAACACAUUUAAAUCUAAUACAGUCGAUCUGGGUAUCCACAUCUAUUGUAUUUUACAUAAAUGUCUAAUUCAAGCUACCACCUAAUUAAGGAUAAUGAAAAAUUCCCCCUUAUAUGUCUGAAAAACACAUUUAUGACACAAGCAGUCCAUCUUUCUUUCUUAGGGAAAUUUGUUAAGUCUUUCCAAGGCAGAACAAAAAAAUCCAACUCCGAUAUAAUCCAAACUCUCUGAGUUUUAGUGAAAUGAUUACAUACUCAACACUCCCUGUUGUCAGGCACUGUUACCCUUAAAUAAUUGUCACACAGUCCCUUAACCCUUUUAUUUGAGGCAAAGGCCCAUUUGCAAAGCAGUUCUGGUUAUCUCCAAUGCAGGCACCACUCUGCUACACUCCUUCAGCACUUAUUUUAUGUAAAAUCUGCAAACCAGUGAUCAAAAACAGUUGAGGGAUUACAUUCAUGCAAAAUAAGUUAUUCCCAUCAUCACUUUUUGUGUCUGAAUGCAAUUUUCUUGUUUGUGUUUCCUCAGCUAUCAGAAUCCUCCUCGUGUACUUCACUACACUCCAUGGACACCAGCUCAUCCACAGCCAGCGUCUCCAUGACUCCUGCAUCCCCUUCACAUCCCGGACCCCCCUGUACCCACAGACGCUCCAUGUCCCUCACAGCCAUGUCCCCUGGCAUCCCCAGUCAGACUCUGGCUUACAACACCCAGGCUCAGGACGCGUGCAUCAUCAGAGUCAGUCUGGAACAGGGCAAUGGGAACCUCUACAAAAGCAUACUGGUAAACAACCAUGAGUGUGUUCGCAUUCCUGCUCUUGGCCUACAAUGUUUUCUUCUCUUUGUUGAGUAAAUUUUCCCACUUGUUUCUAAGACGAAAACAUGAAAAUGAGCUUGAAAAUAACCCAUAAAUAUCAUAUCCACUGUUGUGUGAUUGACUCACAUUUUCCCACGAUUAAAGUGAAUUUAUGUUUAUUUCAUCAUGUAGUUGACCAAUCAGGACAAGACUCCAGCGGUAAUCUCUAGAGCCAUGGCGAAGCACAACCUGGAGACAGAGCCUGAGGAGGGAUACGAGCUGGUACAAGUCAUCUCUGAAGACAAAGGUAAAAAAAAUAUGCCUUUGACUUAAAGCUUUCUAUGCUUUUCUAACUUUAUAGUUUUAAAAUAUGUACAAAUUUCUCCUCAACAGGCACCUUGAUUCAUUUUUUAACCUUUAAAUUAUAGUAAAACUUAAAUACAUGGAGUAGUUAAUUUUACAGCUGAUGUUGGAUAGAUUAAACAUUUCUAUUUAAUUCAGUUAUUUUUCCUCGAUCAGCCACAUUUCUAUCUCGGGUUUUGUUGACUUGAAGUAUAACCAGAUCUUAAACCUCACUCAUGCUAAUUUUCCUUCUCCUCUCUUUUAUCGUCCUCCAGAGCUCGUGAUCCCCGAUAACGCUAAUGUCUUUUACGCCAUGAACACCUCGGCUAACUUCGACUUCCUGCUGCGGGUGAGGGGCUCAGCGAGUCGGACUGUGCAGCUCAGAAGCCGGUGUAGCUCCACUCUCCCUCGUGCACAGCAUCGGGCCAGCCUGUCACUCAGACUCAGCAAAGUCACACUGUGACCCAGACCUGCAGGGACCGGCUGUCUGCCCUCAAACCACUUUUCAGGACAUUAGAGGGCUGAACUCAGUGGGUUGUAGAAGAGGACGGCUGAAGGAAUUCAAAGAGUUGACGGACUCUUGAAGAGCUCGACCUGGACUGAUUUAUCCCUCUUUCUCUCGCCUUAAUGUUGAACAUGGACGUGUAGCGUGACUGCUGUGCCAGUGGGACUCAGUAACUUCUUUACUAGUGAUACCUGUGACAGAGUGAAACAGUGACCCCUUGUGGUCUCUGCUCUUUACAGGUUUUUUUUGCACAUGUUCUGGGAGCGGCCAAACUCCUGACCUCCAACAGUAUUCUAAAGUUGAAUGACCUUAUUUUUGUCCUGUGAUGUCUGUGUAGCUGAAAAUAAGACUUUUCUGGUAACAGAAGUGUGAUGAAUGCAGAAAGAGAAGAUUAACAGAAGGACUGAACUGUGCAUGAAGUCCUGUCGCCUUUAUCCAUGAGUGAGUGGACCUUUUUGACAGUAUUCUGAAUGAUAUUGAUUCAAUGAUUGACAGGAGCUGUCAUGUCAUUAUUAUCCCCAGUCGGACAUGUUAAACAGUGUUCAGCCCCUCUCAUAUUGUGAGCUGUGUGACGAAUGCUGCGUGCGUUCUGAUUGGUUCUUUAACUUGGUUUUAACAAGUCCUCGUCAAAUUUGCCUUGCAAAGCCCGUCUGAAGGGUGUAAAGAUGACUGCUGCUUCCUGAUCCACAGGAGACACUCCCUCGUCUCCUCGCAAUUUUCAGCAUGUGUUUGAAAAAAAAAGACGUGAAUAGAUGUAGAAGCACAGAGAAUAAGAGGGAGGGACUUCCUGGAAUAGAAAGCACCGUAUUAGUGUCUCAUACUUGUACCUCUUUGCCCUUCAUUAUAUGAACUGUAGAGUUGCACUUGUCAGUUGGUAGCAGAUGCCGCCAAUGGGAUGUGAAUACAGAAGAAUGAGCCAGCCGCUCCCUCUUCAUUUAAUGAAUUAUUCGUAUUUUUGUCUGUAUUUGUUGCUUUCUUUAUAUGUUUUUGUAACACAAUUCAGGCCAGAAAAUGUGUGCCAGACUGAAGAGUGAUGAAGGACCUUUUAAGAGUAAAUGUUAACCAAUUCAGAGUGCCAUAAAAAAACAAAAAAGCCAGUGCCAGCUUUAACUGUGAUAUAUUUCAAAAACUAAACCAAGGGACGCUUCACUUCAUCACUCAUAAAAAAAAAAGCAAAGCAGCUCUUCACACAGUCGAGAGCCAUCUGCUUGUCUCAUGGGCUCACUCGUCUUCUCCGGCACCAUCACAGUUUCACAGCAACAUUAGCGACACUUAUCACCUGUCACAUUAACAACAGAGGAACUGUCGGAGACAUUUGUCUUUGUACUCCUGCAGAUCUUUCAGCGCCAAACUAAUGUGCUAUUGUCGAAUGUGUGUGUCACCAGAUAAUGUCCCAUUGUCGGGGGGCUGGUUUGCUUUUGAGAAUACAUUUUUGGUCUAAUCAUUCGUCUCCAUGCAGCACUUGACUUUGAAAGUUCUCAUGAAAUCACCCUCAGUCCCUGUUCUUCACUGCCAAAGACUCCUGCUCUACCUGAAUAAAUAAAUUAUUAUCAUUAUGACAAAGAA